AUGACUGUAGUUGCGAGGAGACCUGGACCCGGAGCCUCUGAAACGCGCCAAAAGGGCUCCUUUACUCAGAGGAAGAACAGUGGAAGCGAGGACAGUGCCAAUGUGGAGGCCCGCCGCGGAUUCCUAGCUCGCCUCGCAUCUCGGCGCAAAUCCGACCCAUUGGCUUCGGAUGGGCCUAGAGAUGGUCAUCGCCGCAUGGGACGUAUGCUUGAGCUCGUUAGCGUCGGGAGGGCUAAUCUGAGGGUAAUGGCCGCCGGAUCGAGGGAGCAAGGCCAUCGCAGGGGCAGAAAUCAGGAGGAACAGUCCGAUGAAAACUCUAGCAGCCCGUCGCCUCCUGCAUCAACCCAACAUCGAGUUGAAUCACCAGACGUAGGUUUUGAUGAUCAAAGGAGCAGGACGCCGAGCAGUGAUGGGCUCAAGGAUAUGAUUUGCUACUGCUUAUGUAUACCGCGUUGUCACUAAGGUGGAGACAAAGCUUGCUUUGCCACACAUAGGUCCAUCGAUUAGUAUUAUUG